ACCAUACCAUCCAUCGAUCGAUCAACAAUACAUAGGCAAUCCAUCUCCUCCCACAUGUACAGCUCGCUUUCCGAUCUAGCAAUGUCAACGGGAGCAACGGAGAUGAUCGUAGCCACCGCCGAUGCCGCCAGCAGCACCAGGUGCAUGUCGUCGACGGCGAGAGCAGAGGACGUGAUCGUGUCCACCGCCGUGGCCACCGCGGCCGGCACCAAGUGCCACAUGUUCAAGAUCGACGGCUACAAGCGGAUCAAGGCCAUGUACGGCAAGGGCAGGAGCAUCGACUCCUGCAGGUUCGAGGUGGCUGGCCGCGCAUGGAAGAUCCUCUUCUUCCCCAACGGCGACUGCCGGGACACCGCGGGCCACGUCUCCCUCUUCCUCAAGCUGGACGACGACGACACCGUCGGCGGCGGCCCCGACGACAACGACGACGGCAAGGUCGUGGUGGUCGAGCUCAGGUUCUCGCUGCUGUGCCGCCCCGGCUGGGCGCCGGACGACCGGCCCCAGAGCUGGACCCGCACGGCCACCUUCACCAACAAGGGCAACAAGACCAUGGGCUACAGCCAGUUCAUGAAGCGCUCGGAGCUGGAGAUGCCGAGGUUCCUCGGGGACGACUGCCUCGCCAUCCGCUGUGACAUGUCCGUCCUCGACGACCCCGUCGACGUCAAGGAGGAGCCCGCGCAGCCGCUCGACCUGCAGCGGCUUGGGGUGCCUCUCGACUGCAAGGUCGUCGACGACGGCGCGUGCAUCAAGACCGAACCCCUCGUUCCCGUUCCCCUCAGCUACUUCAAGUUCACGGAGGCGCUCGUCAAGCUGUUCGUCGGCUGUUUCGACGUCUGACCGAAUGGAUCCUCGCCGGCUGGGUUUUAUUGUUGCGUUAUAUAGUUUCGACAACCAUCAUUUCGAGUAUUUCAAGAUAAAAGUACACUGUCAUCGUUCCCCCAAGUUUUGUUUAGAUCGAUCAGGGUGCUAGUUUAUUUAAUUUAUGUGUAAAUCAUCAGAAUUUCCACAUUAUUAGUGAAUAAACUGAAUCUAGUUUUUU